AUGUGUUACCAAACGACUUCUCAAAUAGCUUUUCUAUCACUGGACGAAGAUUGUUUAAACCUAAACGUUUACACUCCGGUAAAACCAGGUAGUAAUAAAAAAUUGCCAGUUCUUUUAUGGAUUCAUGGUGGAGCAUACCAAACUGGAAGUAGCGCCUUCAGUUAUUUUGGACCAAAAUACCAGAUAGACUAUGGAAUAGUAAUCGUAACAAUCAAUUACCGUCUUUCGGCAUUCGGUUUCUUGGGAACUGAAGAUGGUGUGAUACCUUCUAACGUGGGAUUAGAAGACCAAAGGCUCGCUAUGAAAUGGGUGAAAAGAAACAUUGAACAAUUCGGUGGUGACAGCAAUCAUAUUGUAAUUGCUGGAGAAAGUGCAGGAUCUUCUUCAGUUGGAGAACAUCUUCUAGGUUCUUGGAAUGGUGAAGAACCGCUAUUUCAUGGUGCAAUUAUGCAAAGUGGUUCUCCUCUUGCCCGUUGGACGUCUCCAAGAAAUUUAACAGAAAUUGCGGUAAAUUUAGCACAGAAAAUUGAUCCGAAGUUUUCGCCUAGAAAUACCACUGACUUGCUAAAAUUCUUGCAAAAAGUAGAUGCUCAAGAUAUAGCAAACAACCCUAUUAAAGAUUUAAGCCUCGAUAAACCAGGACCUGUAGGCAACCUUCAGCUGUUAAUGCAAGGGGAUUAUAAAAAAGUACCGGUUUUAAUUGGAUUUAAUUCGGAAGAAUCAUUAUACUUUAGAAGUAUGUACACUAAAAGUUUUGUAGAAAUGUAUGAUAACGAUUCAAGUGUACUAAUUGUGUCGAGCAUGAAUAUGUCACCUAGCAACAGGACUAUUGCAGGAAAAAAAUUAAAAGAGGUUUACACGAAUAAUAAAUUCGCAGAUGAUUUUGGAGCGUUUUUACAAUACCAAACUGACGUAUCAUUCAUAAAUUCAAUAUUAAAAACCGUAGAAAUUGGAUGUCACAGUAAUCCCUACUACCUCUAUGAAUUUUCAUAUAAAGGGGAAUUAGGAGGAUCGAUGGAUGUUCCACAUUACAAUAAAGCCGGUUUAGUUAUGCACGCAGAAGACCUUCCAUACAUGUGGGAACAAGCUGGAAAAAACAGUGACUUAAGCAAGUUUCCGAAGGCAGAUCAAUUAACAAUGCAACGAAUCGUUAAAAUGUGGACCAAUUUCGUUAAGCAUUUCAAUCCAACUCCAAAGGCUGAUCCAAUUUUAGAUAAUGUGACUUGGCAACCAACAGAACCUUCAAGUUUUAGAUACUUAAAUAUUAAUGCAACGUUAGAAAUGAAAACUAACCCUAGAGCAUACAAGCAAACAAAGGACAUUUUGGAAUAUUACAUGCAACCACCAUUCAAUUUUUUCGAUUAA